GAGGCGGGCAGGAUGAACCUGGAGCUACUGGAGUCCUUUGGACAGAAUUAUCCAGAGGAGGCAGAUGGAACACUGGACUGUAUUAGCAUGGCCCUCACCUGCACCUUCAACAGGUGGGGCACCUUGCUGGCUGUCGGAUGCAAUGAUGGCCGCAUUGUCAUUUGGGACUUCUUGACAAGGGGCAUUGCCAAGAUCAUUAGCGCCCACAUACAUCCCGUCUGCUCACUGUGUUGGAGCCGAGAUGGGCAUAAAUUAGUCAGCGCUUCCACUGACAACAUCGUGUCACUUUGGGAUGUUCUGUCCGGAGAUUGUGACCAAAGGUUCCGUUUUCCUUCACCGGUUCUCAAAGUACAAUUCCAUCCCAGGGAUCAGAACAGAGUGCUGGUCUGCCCAAUGAAGUGUGCACCGGUUCUGCUGACUCUCUCGGAUUCCAAGCACGUAGUUCUACCUGUAGAUGACGACUCAGAUCUUAACGUUGUGGCAUCUUUUGACCGGCGAGGAGAUUAUAUUUACACAGGGAAUGCCAAGGGAAAGAUUUUGGUGUUAAAGACUGAUACACAAGAGUUGGUGGCUUCAUUCCGCGUCACAACAGGUACCAGCAAUACCACGGCUAUCAAAUCUAUCGAAUUUGCAAGGAAAGGCAGCUGUUUCUUAAUAAACACGGCAGACAGAAUCAUUCGAGUGUAUGAUGGCAGGGAGAUCUUAACUUGUGGGCGGGACGGUGAGCCUGAACCGAUGCAGAAGCUGCAGGACCUGGUGAACAGAACACCUUGGAAGAAGUGUUGUUUCUCUGGGGACGGAGAGUACAUCUGUGCUGGAUCGGCACGGCAACAUGCUCUCUACAUCUGGGAGAAGAGCAUUGGAAACCUGGUGAAGAUUCUGCACGGCACACGGGGCGAGCUGCUACUGGAUGUAGCGUGGCACCCUGUCAGACCGAUCAUUGCUUCUAUAUCCAGUGGGGUUGUAUCCAUUUGGGCUCAGAAUCAAGUGGAAAACUGGAGUGCUUUUGCUCCAGACUUUAAAGAGUUGGACGAGAAUGUUGAAUAUGAAGAGAGAGAAUCUGAGUUUGACAUUGAGGAUGAAGAUAAGAGUGAGCCGGAACAGACUGGUGGAGAUGCGGCAGAAGAUGAAGAAGUUGAUGUGACGUCUGUGGAUCCAAUCGCUGCUUUUUGUAGCAGUGAUGAGGAAUUUGAAGAUUGCAAAGCCUUGCUUUACCUUCCAAUAUCACCAGAAGUGGAAGAUCCUGAGGAGAACCCUUACGGACCUCCCCCAGAGCCUGUGCAGAACCCUGGAACCGAUGAGCUGACCAACCCAGAGAAAAAGAGACCGGCAUCAACUGAUGGAUCCCAGCCACCCAAGAAGAAACCCAAAAUGACUAACAUUGAACUACAAGGAGUACCAUCUGAUGAAGUUCACCCGCUGCUGGGCGUGAAGGGCGACGGCAAGUCGAAGAAAAAGCAAGCGGGCCGGCCAAAAGGAACGAAAGGUAAAGAGAAAGAUUUCAUUAAGUCGAAAGCAUUCAAAGGGGACAGAGGUCAACCUUUGGAAGGAGCAGUGAAGGGCAAGGAGCUGGCGGAAGUGGUCGAGCCACCCGCAGGAGGAGCCGUCAUUUCAGACCUGCUGUAAAGUUGUAAGAAGAUGCUUCUUCAUCCUUGCAAUUAUCGUGCUGCCUUCGUACUUUAGUAGGUAUGAUGGUGCAAUGUCCAGAAAGAGUAUGGCUGUUGGUCAAGUCGAGCACCCAACCCAAAGGGACCUUUCGUGAACCACGAGAGGCUUUCCCUUCCAUCCUUCUGAAGUCCGUGGGCCUUGGAAAGCCGAUUGAUCCACUUCACGUCCUGAGCAAUGCUGUGGAGAUGCCAAGCUGAAGUACAUUUUUAUCUUCAAAUGUCAUGGAGAUAUGUAGAGUUGCAUUUCACAUUGUACCGUAACAGAGGGCACACAUCAGAAACGUGUGCAAGGUUCAGCAGAGUGCCCGAAACUUUAUUUAGUCUUUGGAUUCUUUUAACCUCAUGCAGUUUUGCAUUUGAAGAGUUUUCUAUGAUUAAUUAUUUUAGACUCUGGAAGGUUAUCUGCUUUGAACACUGAUUACUCUGGUGCUCCGUGACGACUCGUGUAGACCAAUUUCUACGGCUCCAUCUCUAACAUCCUUCACGUUUUUUCAUAAAACAGAUUUGUAGUAAUUUCUCAAUGCCUUGGUGUUUAUGUUUCUAAUCUUUUGUAAUGUUGAUCUGUUGACCAGCUGACUAUGAAUGGCUAAAUGUCAUAGAUUUUGUUCUUUGUGCAGGGGCUGGGCUGGUAAUAUUGUUUUUGGACUGCAGCCAAUAUUUUUUAUUGACCUACAAUGUAGAUGGAUACCGUCAUUUCUGAGUUUCUGUUGUCCUCUUGAAGCCUGAUGCAUCCACUUUGCAGCUGUGCGUGGUGUCCUCUUGCUACUUGCUACGGACUCGGUCCUAAUCCGAAUAUGGGCAGACCAAGCCUGACUGUACUCUGCCCAAAAACCUUACUGGUUGAGGAUAUUCAGAGCCUGAAAUGUUUCUGUUGGUUGAGCAACUCUUGGUAGUAGGCGAGGUGAUUUGCAAAUGGCGAUGACUGCUUACCUUUGGUCUCCUGCCUCUCUACUAGGAGAAGGAGUGAUUUUCUGGUGAAGCCAACAAGUUG